AUGCUCAGUUUCCGCCGCGCCCUCGUGGCUGCGGCUUUCAUCAUCACCGCCCUUUACUUCAUCACACGAUCGACGUCACCAACAGCGUCACCAAUAGCGGUCGAAUAUCCGAAGUCCGAGUCUAAUCCGGAGUCCAAUCCUCCUUCUGAUCCCAGACAGCAAUCCGACUCGACAGCAUCCUCAUCGAACGAUGCUGUCCUAGCCAGCGAACACCGGCAUCACCAACAACAGCAGACAUCGCCAGAGGGCCAGCAGACAUUGCGGGACACCUCGAGGAUGACACUGUACGACAAGCUCGAAUACCACUUUCCUUAUGACGUGGAGACCAAGUUCCCCGCAUACAUUUGGCAAACAUGGAAAUGGACGCCCGCGCACGGCGAGUUUCAGUUCCGUGAUCAAGAAGCCACAUGGACGGAUCAACACCCGGGGUUCGUCCACGAGGUUAUCACCGACCAAGUCGCCGUGCAUCUAAUUCGACUCCUCUACGCCUCCGUGCCCGAGGUCCUCGAAGCCUACGACGCCCUCCCGCUGCCGGUACUGAAGGCCGAUUUCUUCCGUUACCUCAUCCUCCUCGCCCGCGGCGGCAUCUACUCCGAUAUCGACACUUACGCGAUACGCAGCGCGCUGGAAUGGAUUCCCAGUUCGGUUCCACGGGAGGCUGUCGGUCUCGUCAUUGGCAUCGAGGCCGACCCGGACCGGCCCGACUGGAAGGAUUGGUACAGCCGCCGCAUCCAAUUCUGCCAGUGGACCAUCCAGGCGAAGCCCGGACACCCGGUGCUGCGGCAAGUCGUCUCGCGCAUCACAAACCAGACGCUGACUCGCAAGAGGGAGGGGUCAUUGAAGGGCUUGAACAAUAAGAGUGUUAUUGAAUUUACGGGCCCCGCGCUGUGGACGGAUAUCGUGUUCGAGUACUUUAACGACCCGCGGUACUUUGAUAUGACGCAAUCGUCAGGGCUGAUCGACUGGAAGAAUUUUACGGGGAUGGAGAACUCGAGGAGAGUGGGCGACGUGGUGGUACUCCCCAUCACGAGUUUUUCGCCAGGAGUCGAGCAGAUGGGAUCGAAGGACUACGAUGAUCCGAUGGCAUUUGUAAAGCAUGACUUUGAAGGUACGUGGAAGCCCGAAAGUGAGCGACACAUCGGCGAUUAA